UCCUCACUGCCAAGUUUGCAUUGGUCUUCAGCAGCGGCGCUCAACGUCAACACCAACGCUAACACCGGUGGAGUUUGCCAGGCCUACGUGGAGCUGAAUGAACUGAUGGGUACGCAGGGUCAGGCAGCCUGGCAGGAGACUGCCCGAUGGGUGGGCCACGAGGAGAACUACGACCCCGAGGCAGGGCGCUGGGGCCAGUCGCACGUCUCCUACCUCACCUUCAAGAGCCUGGUCCAGCUGCGCCGGACACUCAAUACCGGCGUGGUCCUGCUGGACAUGAAGGAGAAAACGCUGGCCAGCAUCAUGGAGAAGCUGGUGGACGAGAUGGCCAACAAGAAGGCCAUUGAUCCCAGCAACAAAGAUGGCGUCUUAAACAUUCUCCUUCAGAACCGAAGCCCUCCACAGGACACACAGCCUCUAACAGUGGACAACGAGAUGAAGAGUUUCUCAGUCGCUGACAGGAGAGACGCGUCUGAGAACCUGGAGGCAUCCAUGGUGCUUGUCGGUGCCCUGGACUUCCUGGACCGGCCCGUGGUGGCGUUUGUGCGUCUGAAGGAGGCGGAGGUUCUGGAGGCUGCUCUGGAGGCCCCAGUGCCGGUCCGCUUCCUGUUUGUGCUCAUUGGACCCACCAAGAGUGACAUAGACUACCACGAGACAGGACGCGCCAUGGCAGCACUUAUGGCCGACAGAGUGUUUAACCAGGCGGUGCUGCAAGUGCAGAGUGAGUGUGAGCUGACGGACGCCGUUGCCGACUUCAUGGACUGCAGUGUGGUGAUCCCGCCCACAGAGAUCCAGAGCGAGGCCAUGCUCCACUCUCUGAUUGGCUUCCAGAGGAAGCUCCUGCAGGACAGGCUCCGCCUCUCCGACCCACAGACACGCCUCGAACGGAGGCGCUCAAGUGUAAGGAAAGUGUCCAUCGCGUCCUCCGCCACCCCCGAGGACCUUUGCGCGACGUAUGCCCGCUUGAGGUAAGGGAUGCGGGACAUCAGGAGACGUUACCAGCACUACAGAAGUGACAUCACAGACGCGAUGAACGCACAGGUCCUGGCUGCAGUGAUCUUCAUCUACUUCGCCGCACUGUCGCCUGCCAUCACCUUCGGAGGACUGCUUGCUGAUAAGGUGGAGAACAUGAUGGGCGUGCCGGAGCUGCUGAUCUCCACCUCGGUGCAGGGCAUCAUCUUCUGCUUAGUGGCCGCGCAGCCCGUCCUCGUCAUCGGCUUCUCUGGACCGCUGCUCGUGUUUGAGGAGGCCUUCUUCGCUUUUUGCAAGUCCCAAGAAAUUGAGUACAUCGUGGGCCGGGUGUGGGUUGGCGUCUGGUUGGUGGUCAUCGUCGUGGUGAUAGUUGCCGCUGAGGGCAGUUUCCUGGUCAGGUUCAUCUCCCGCUUUACUCAGGAGAUCUUCUCCAUCCUCAUCUCCCUCAUCUUCAUCUAAAGGACCCAGCCAAGAAUCUUCAAGGCCCACCCUCUCAUCCUGAACUACGACCGCCUGAAUGACACCAUAGAGGACCCUUGGUACCCGACAGUGGUCCGCGAGCAAAUCCGUGACAACGCCACGGGCAACAUCACCAUGGUGACCAAGACCAUGAUGCGGGCGUACCCCAACACCGCCCUGCUCUCCAUGUGCCUGAUGUUCGGCUGUUUCUCCAUCGCCUACUACCUGCGCAUCUUCAAAAACGGCACCUUCCUUCCAGGAAAGCUGCGUCGUCUGAUGGGAGACUUCGGAGUACCCAUUGCUAUCUUCCUCAUGAUCAUGGUGGACAUCAACAUCGAGGACACCUACACUCAGAAACUGGUGGUGCCCAAGGGCCUACAGGUGUCCAACCCACAGAUGAGGGGCUGGCUGAUCAACCCCUUCGGAGAGCACAAGACCUUCCCCGUGUGGAUGAUGUUCGCCUGCGUGGUCCCCGCCCUCCUGGUCUUCAUCCUCAUCUUCCUCGAGUCCCAGAUCACUACUUUGAUCAUUAGCAAGCCCGAGAGGAAGAUGGUCAAGGGCUCAGGGUUCCACUUCGACCUGCUGCUCCUGGUCAGUAUGGGGGGUCUCAGUGCCAUUUUCGGGGUCCCCUGGCUGAGUGCGGCCACUGUGCGCUCGGUCACCCAUGCCAACGCCCUCACCGUCACCAGCAAGGGCCCCAAGCCCGUCAUAGAGAAGGUUCUGGAACAAAGGAUAAGCGGAGUGUUGGUGGCGUUACUGGUUGGCCUGUCCAUCCUCAUGGAGCCCAUCCUGAAGACCAUCCCGAUGACCGCUCUCUUCGGAAUCUUCCUCUACAUGGGCAUCACCUCGCUGAGCGGGAUCCAGCUCUGGGAUCGGAUACUGCUCCUGCUGGUGCCCAAGAAAUACCACCCCAACGAGCCGUACGCCACCUUGGUGAAGACGAACAGAAUGAACCUGUUCACCAUCAUCCAGCUCGUGUGCCUGGCCGUUCUGUGGAUCAUCAAGUCCAGUCCUAUCUCGUUGGCUCUACCUUUUAUCCUCAUCAUGACCAUUCCCCUGCGCAUGUUCAUGACCGGCAGACUCUUCACUGAGCUCGAGAUGAAAUGCCUGGACGCGGACGAUGCCAAGGUGGUGCUGGAGGAGGAGCUUGGAGUGGACGUGUAUGCAGAGUCCCAGAUGCCCCUGUAGAUACCCCUAACUUCCUCUCAGUCCCACAUGCCCCUGUAGAUACCCUCUAACCUGCUCCCUCAAUCCCAGAUGCCCUGAUAGAUACCACCUAACCUGCUCCCUCAGUCCUAGAUGCCCCUGUAGAUACCCUCUAACCUGCUCCCUCAAUCCCAGAUGCCCUGAUAUAUACCACCUAACCUGCUCCCUCAGUCCUAGAUGCCCCUGUAGAUACCCUCUAACCUGCUCCCUCAAUCCCAGAUGCCCUGAUAUAUACCACCUAACCUCCUCCCUCAGUCCCAGAUGCCCCUGAUACCCUCUAACUUGCUCCCUCUAUCCUAGAUGCCCUGAUAGAUACCCUCUAAUAUGCUCCCUCUAUCUUAGAUGCCCUGAUAGAUACCCUCUAACUUACUCCCUCAAUCCCAGAUGCCCUGAUAGAUACCACCUAACCUCCUCCCUCAAUCCCAGAUGCCCUGAUAGAUGAGAUACCCCCUACACAUCCUAUCAGUCCCAAAUGCCCUCAUAGAUUCCCCUUAACCCUUCUUUCUCAAUCCCAAAUGCCCCAACAGAUACCCCCUACCCCUCCUCUCCCUGUAUGGGAGAUUUGAUAACAUCUAUCAAAACAACACCAACAACAAAAACAAAAAUGGAUAGCGUGGUGUCAUGCACUUACGAUCUAAAGAAACAAAGCCAAAAUUGGGCGGCCAUAUUGACAAAAUUUGAGCCGGAGUCUGUGCAGCAAGAGCUUUUGCAUGUGUACCAGCCAGACACACACUUUCCUAUUGUUGUUGUGGUGCCUUCACUUGUGACUGGAGGGCAAGCUGUCCAUGUGUUUUAGUCAUUGGUGUAGACAGAGUCCCAUCUAGCCCACUAGCCCUCUGCAGAGCUGAUCCACCCCAGCUAUUCACAGACCAACAGUAGGCUACGCAUGACACCAGAACAGCCUUAUGUCAAUUCCAAGCACCUUGCUGAUGUGCAACCAUGUCUCUCUAAGACUUUGAAAGGAACAUAUUUAUGUUAUAUAUAUUUUUUUUUAAAUUAUAGCUGGAAUACUCUGCUCUGCACAUUUUCAAUGAGCUUUCAGUGUUUUGUUGUUUGAAACAUGCAUUCAUUUCUAGUGAGAGGUUGUUCAUUUCUGAACAACUUCCUGUAUUUCUUCUGAAUGGAUUGGUACUGUAUGUGGAAUCCAAGACCUCAAUUAAAUCUUUGGUUAUCCAUGGACAGAUCAGCUUAAAAUGGAAACAUUUAAGUGCUCUUCUUAGUAUACAGAUCGUGCCUUGGAACAACCUGCCAAUACAGUAAUCUUUUACAUUGUUUUAUAUCUUUUACUGAUUUACCUAACCAUUAACGUAUUGAUCAUCUUUUUACUUCCUAUUUCAUUUGGCAUAUAUAAAUCA